GACACGGCCGACGCGGAAGAGAGGCUGAUGAACCACCUGCUGAACAUUUCCCGCUACAAUAACUUAAUCCGCCCGGCCUUCAACUCCUCGCAGCUGGUCGUUAUAGAACUGCAGGUUGUUCUGGCCCAGCUGAUCAAUGUGAACGAGCGUGAACAGAUCAUGACCACCAACGUCUGGCUAAAUCAGGAAUGGACGGACUACCGUUUAUCCUGGGAACCUUCUGAGUACGAAGGCAUAAAAAAGCUGAGGAUACCGGCCAAGAAAGUCUGGCUGCCCGACAUCGUGUUGUAUAAUAACGCUGACGGCACAUACGAAGUUUCCGUGUACACGAACGUGAUCGUGAAAAACAACGGGAGCAUCUUCUGGCUGCCUCCCGCCAUCUACAAGAGCGCCUGCAAGAUCGAGGUGAAGCACUUCCCCUUUGAUGAACAAAACUGCACCCUGAAGUUCCGGUCGUGGACUUACGACCACUCCGAAAUCGACAUGAUUCUGAAAACGGGCUCGGCCAGCAUGGACGACUUCACGCCCAGUGGCGAAUGGGACAUCGUCGCUCUUCCCGGCCGCCGGACAGAGAAUCCCCUGGAUCCAAACUAUGUGGACGUGACGUACGACUUCAUCAUCAAGCGGAAGCCCCUGUUUUAUACCAUCAACCUCAUCAUCCCGUGCGUGCUUAUCACCUCCUUGGCCAUCCUGGUGUUCUACCUGCCGUCGGACUGCGGGGAAAAGAUGACGUUGUGCAUUUCCGUCUUGCUCGCCUUGACCGUCUUCCUGCUUCUGAUUUCGAAAAUCGUCCCGCCGACCUCACUCGAUGUCCCGCUGAUCGGGAAGUACCUCAUGUUCACCAUGAUACUGGUGACGUUCUCCAUCGUCACCAGCGUCUGCGUGCUGAACGUCCACCACAGAUCUCCCAGCACCCAUGCGAUGCCCCCGUGGGUGAAGGUGAUCUUCCUGCAGCGGCUGCCCAGGUUCCUCUUCAUGAGACGCCCGGAGAAUAACUCGGCCAGGCAAAAGUUGCAUGGCCACAAGAAGAGUAAAGCGCAGGCGUUCUGCCACGAUCCCUCCAACCUGCACAAGGGCUCCACCUACUUCGUGAACACCGCGUCGGCCAAAAAGUAUGACCUGAGCUUGACGGAGAGCACCAACCACGUCGGCAGCCAUCAGGACGUGAGGCUCCGAUCGUCGGCAAAGUUUUCUCCUGAAGUCCAAGAAGCCAUUGAUGGUGUCAGCUUCAUAGCAGAACACAUGAGAAGCGAGGACAAGAACGAGAGUGUCAUUGAGGAUUGGAAGUACGUUGCCAUGGUAGUGGACAGGCUGUUCCUCUGGAUAUUCGUCUUCGUGUGCGUUGUGGGAACUGUCGGGUUAUUCCUUCAGCCGCUUUUUCAGAACCAUUCGCCGGCUGUGAGCCCGUAA